GCCCACACUUAUCCAAAGGAUCCGGCGCAAAGAACCGUUAGUCGCCGAAAAAACAGAAAAAUUUUGAAAAAUGGCCACGACAGCGGCCGCAAUGGCCGCCACCAGCGUUGUGGUAUUGGAUCGCGGCAACAACACAACCUGCACCAUUAACUUGCAUGGCGCCACAGUUGUGUCCUGGCGGGUCAACAAUCAGGAGCAGUUGUUUGUCAGCAAGCUGGCCUCGUUCGAUGGCAAGAAGGCGAUACGUGGCGGGAUACCCUUUGUCUUUCCCCAGUUUGGAGCAUGGUCCUUUGGGCCCCAGCACGGAUUUGCGAGGAUUACCCGGUGGCACUUGGAGCGACCUCCCGAGAGGCUCCACAACGGCGACGUCGAGGCCAUAUUCUCGCUAAUGGAUAACGACUUUACACGCUCCAUCUGGAACUAUCAGUUCCGCAUUUCUUACCGCUUGAUCCUGCGGGAAAAGGAGCUCCACUUCCACAUCGGCGUCUACAAUCCCAGCAAGGAGCUGAGCUUCACAUUCAACAUGCUGCUGCACACAUACCUGAAGGUGCCCGAUGUCCGGCGGUGUCAGAUCACAGGUCUCCAGGGCUGCCACUUCAUCGACAAGACGCGGGAGAACUCACUCUACCAGGAGGGACGCGAGGUGGUCACGGUGAACGAGUGGACCGACAGGAUCUACCAACACACCCCGCAGGAGCACGUCAUCACCAACGUGGUGUCCGGCCGUAAGAUGCGGCUGCACAAGUACAACUUCCCCGAUACGGUCAUCUGGAAUCCAUGGAUCGAUCGAUCGCGUGAGAUGAGCGACUUUGGCGAUGACGAGUUCCCCAACAUGCUGUGCGUGGAGGCGGGCAAUGUGACCUCGCCGGUGAUCCUGUUGCCGGGCACAGCCUUCGAGGCCAGUCAGAUCCUUCAGCAAUUCAAGUGCCCCUAUACCAUUAACUCUAAAAACUGGAGGGGCAAACCAACCGCUUUUCCCCUUUACGAUUAGCGUUGCUUCACUGUAGUCUCUGCCACCAUUUCUCAAUCAAAAUUCUUUACUUUACAUGCCACAUGCCAGAUCAUCAUCGAGGGCAAUGUUAGCCGCAAGACCAAGCGGAAUCGCUAGCGUUUAAAGAAUCGGAACCCGCUGAGGUAAACCGAUUCGCAACCAUGUCAAAGCGCACUUUUCCACAGAUAUCCAGAUCCUCAAUCCAGAUCCUGAGAAGGAGCAGAUGGAGCAGCACGAGGAUCGUGAUGAAGAGCCGGGAGAAACAGUAAACUGUUGGGUUGUUCCCUCACAGAUUUUAGUCUUUAAUCUAUAUCUUAAGUAAUCGUAAAGCCCUCUUUAGUAAUUUGUGUUGUGCAAGAAUCGAUAAAAGAAUGUGAGCUGCACUUGCUAACCUAGUUUUCAUCCUUAGUUCGAGCCUACAGGAUGCUGGCCUUAGAACAUUCCACAUGGGA